ACGUCUUUGCUAAAAGAGUGAAAAAAAAAUAGUUCGAAUUUCAAACGUUUUGGAACGAAGGAAAAAGCGCGCGAACAUUAAUGAACGUAAAUUAUUAAAAACAUCAAUAUUAAUAUACCUGCAAAAUAUUAGUUCUAAAUAAUGUUUUUUAAGCAUUUAAUAAUCGUGCUUGCUUGUUAAUUUUUCCAUAAAAUAAUCAAUGUUUUUUCAAACAUUAUCAAACCUAGAUUUUAUUUAAACAAAAUGGCGGGAAUUUUGUAAUGAUGGUUGUUGGUUUGUUUAUAAAGAUGUAUUUCAUAUUAGUUUUGUGCCCGGUUUUACUGGCAGCCGGUGUUCAAACACUCACAAUCGACUCCCAAUUGGGAACUUCGAUUGAAGAUUGCUUUGAAAGAAUAUCUAUCGGCGAACAAAUUCCAGUAGACGCCAUCUAUCGUAAUGUGACUGAACUAACGACUCGCGAGUGUGAGCAAAUCUGCAAACAAGAUAAACAGUGUCAAGCUUACGACUAUGGUGUCGGAGCUAAAGGCAAUGCCACGUGUGAACUGAGUAACCUAAGCGAAAAGGAAAUAAAGGAAAAGAAUGUGUUAUCGCGUAAUCCGGAUUAUGAUGUCUACGUCCGAAGGUUCCAAUGUGAACAAUCACCUCCAACACCUAUUCAACCGCAGUUCGAUGAUCCAUCUCCAGAUAAUCCGGGAGGACCAAACAGACCACAAAGACCCGAGAGACCCGUAAGACCGGAAAGACCUGAAAGACCUGAAAGACCAGAAAGGCCAGAGCGACCAGAUCGACCCUCACACAGACCGGUUUUCCGACCGGAUACUGAUAAGUUUUCUGAUGAUUACCUAGUCUCAGGUGAUCUGAAGCCGUAUGAACCCGGAAGACCGUCGCCGUAUCGGCCUGACGAUUACUCAAAUAAUAAGCCCGAUGAAGAUUAUCCACCAAGUUACGGAGAUCUUAAACCUCAAGACAUUCCUUAUAAACCAGAAAGACCGUCUCAAAAUCAGUCGUAUAAUCAGAGGCCAGCAGAUGAACUUAAUUUUCAAGGUUAUGGGUUAGCGGGAAAGCCACAAGAUCCUUAUAGUCUUGAAAAACCCGAGUACCAAUACAUAACUAGGCCAAACCGAAGACCUUAUCAAAUCGAAGAGGGCUACAGACCCGAUCCAUAUGGUCAAAAUGAACCGGCUGCCAUAGGAGGGUACGGAGUAAAUAGUAAUCGUCCAGGGCCUAUUGGACCUCCAGACCGACCUUCCAGACCCAGUAGACCUUACGAUAGACCAGAUGAAAGGCCAGGUUAUUAUAGUCACUAUGCUAGUGCAUACGGUCAAAAUUCCCAAACUGAAAAUUCGCUACAUGUUGAAAUUCACGACCCGCCUAGACCUUACAAACCGGUUGAAAAACCGUACGGUGUUCAGGGUUAUGGGACAUACUCUAGUCAAAAUUCAUAUGCGAGCAACGCACAAUAUACUCAAGGAACAAUUACAGAAAUUAGUGGUUAUGACCAAACCCGACCUGCAGACAGUCACAGACCCGAUCCUAUAAGUCAACGUCCUGGAAGACCUUACGGUGGUGACAGCGAUGGAGGUGCAAGUUACGGACCCCAAAAACCCAGUAAACCUACUAAACCUUAUGGUGAGAGUCAAAGUUCUCACAUAAGCAGUCAAGGGUACGGUCAAAGUUCUAGCAGCCAAGGUUACUAUGGUGGAAGUCACGGUUCUUACGGACAAUCCCAAAGCCCCGUGUAUGAUAGACCGACAUCUGGUAGUCAAAGUUCUUACAAUUCUGGACAAAGCUCUGGAGGAUAUGGCAACCAAGAUAACUAUGGCAGUUCUGGUGGUGAUCGCCCUUACGAAAAUGGAGGUGGAAAUAAACCUUAUGAGCGACCAGGAUACGGAAACAAACCACAAAAGCCAGCCAAACCCAGUUAUGGAAGUCAAGCAGGAUACGGAAGCCUUGAAUAUGAGAGUCAACAUUCUUAUUCUUCAAGUCAAAGUAACCAGGAAAGCUACAGCAGUCAGUCUUAUGGUAUUAGUCGACCAUCACAAAGUGGUUAUGGCCAAAAGCCGGAAAAGCCUUAUGAUAAGCCUGCUUCAUAUCCUAGCACUCAAGGUUACGGAGGCAGUCAAGGCUCUUAUGGGAAUAGUCAAGGAGCUUAUGGAAGUAGCCAAGGCUCGUAUGGAGAAAGUCAGUCUAGUUAUGGUACAAGCCAAGGAUCCUAUGGAUCAAGUCAGACUUCUGGUCAAGGUUCUUAUGGAGGUCAAUCAACUUCUGGUGGCAGUCAAGACUCGUAUGGAGGAACACGUCCUUCAUAUGGCGGAAGUCAGAGCUCAUACGGUAGUAAGCCGUCUUCUGGAAGUGGUCACGGCUCUUAUGGAGGAAGUCUGUCUUCGUCUGGAACUAGCCAAGGAUCAUAUGGUGGAAGUAAACCUUCCUACGGUAGCAGCCAGGGAUCUUAUGGUAGUAGUCAGGGAUCCUAUGGUAGUAGUCAAUCUUCCUCUAGCCAGAGUUCUUAUGGGGGUAGUCAGGGAUCAUAUGGAGGAAGUCAGUCUUCUUCGGGUGGUUCUUAUGGUGGUAGUCGGCCGGCAUAUAUUGGUAACCAAGGCUCGUAUGGGAGUGUUACCGAGGGUUCUUACGGGGGUAAUCAAGGUUCUUAUGGAAGCACGCAAGGGUCUUAUGGUAGUUCUCAGGGAUCAUCAUACGGGGGAUCUCAAGGAUCAUAUGGAAGCACCCAAGGCUCUUAUGGCGGCGGUCAGGAAUCAUAUGGUGGUAGUCAGUCAAAUUAUGGAAGCAGCCAAGGUUCCUAUGGCAGUAGUCAAUCAUCAUAUGGUAAUACAGAAAGUUCUUAUGGAAGCAGCCAGUCUUCUACACAGGGAUCAUAUGGUAGUCAAGUAUCUUAUGGAACUAGCCAAGGCUCCUAUGGAGGUGGCCAAAAUUCGUAUGGGGGCCGCCCUAACGACAAAUUUAGUUCAAAGCCAACUUAUGGAUCGGACAACUACGGUCAGACACCAGGAUAUAAUGAACGGCCAGAUUCGAACUACGGACAAAAACCUGGCUACGGAGAACGACCAGACAGUGGUUACGGCCAGAAACCAAGCGAUAAUGAACGGCCAGAUUCAAACUACGGACAAAAACCUAACUACGGAGUACGACCAGACAGCGGCUAUGGCCAGAAACCAAGCUAUAAUGAACGACCAAACACCGGCUAUGGUCAAAAACCUAGCUAUAAUGAAAGGCCGAGCAUUGGCUAUGGACAGAAACCCGAUUAUAAUGAGCGACCAGGCAAUUACCAAAAACCCGGAAACAGUGACCGACCAGACGGUAGCUAUGGUGCUAAUGAAGAUAAACCUAUUUACGGAAGACCGGGUAAUGGUUCCGAGUAUCCUGGCGUUAAACCGGUCUAUGAGUAUGAAUUAGAAAAACCGGUUGAUACUCCAAGUUAUAUAGUUAGACCUGAAGGGGAGGUGGUGACUUCGAGACCGGUGGUGAUCGGAGAUUAUGGCGAAAGACUCAAUGAUCCAGCUAGAGAAGACACCUAUAAAGCUUGUUUCCGCCGAGUACUGGCUGGUAAACGAGCUCUCCGCAGCCAUGUGCGGAAGGUGGUGCCGUGCGAGCGAGUGGAAGACUGCAGGCGGGAGUGUGCCACCGAAAUCAGAUUCCCUUGCGAGAGCUUCAACUAUCGGCUUGACCGAACUUUCAGAGGGAAAGGUCUUUGUGAGCUGAUGACGAAGCCAAUAGAAGCUUUUGACGUACGACGCGACUUCGUCGAAGACAAAGACUACGAUUUCUACGAACGCGACCGGAAUAGCUUGGAACCCAACUGCCCGGAGACAUUGAGAGGACCGGGGCUUUUACAUUCUGGUUUUUUAUCCUCAAAGCCAGGGAAGGCGGGGGAAGGUGAUGGAUGGAGGGAUCGGAGUGACUGGCAUAAUAGGGAAUACGGGUAUAAUAGAUAUGAGAGUGAGAGGAGAGGUUCCAGUAAUAGAAGAUACGAGGACCGUUUUUUUGUGCCGUAUCAAAUAGGUGUCGGUAGAAGUAACGAGGACCAGCAUAACUGGGGGCAAUAUGGUGGAUCCUACGGAAACUUUAACUCUUACUACAAGGACUCAGAAGACUACCACAAAUCCAUUAACCAUUGGAGACUAACAAACCAAGUAGAUCGACCUUAUGGUGUCAGACCUUUGGAAAAUACCAUAGACCAGCCUAUCGGAAGACCGAUAGAAUCGUUCGAUUAUCAAAACCUGGUCAAGAGUCCUUGGACUCAGAGGUAUGGGUAUGGCAAUUGGAAGAGGGGGAGGUGGAAUAGUUCCGGAGGGUCCUGGAAUAGUGUGGAGUAUCGGGAGUAUGAGAAGAAUAAAUUUGAGGGAAGAAGUGAGGAAUCAGAUGGGAGAGAUUGUUCAUCCCGUCGUCGCCCGGGAAUGUCGUUGAGUUCUGGAGCAAUAAGGAGGUCGUUGCUAGCCGAAAAUGUUGUGGAGUGUGAAGCGGCGUGCUUCGGAGAGAGGGAGUUCAAAUGUGUUUCUUAUAGCUUCAGGUAUUCAAACUCCCGUGGCUCUGAUAACUGCUUCUUGAGUGAGCGUCCUUACAGAGGGUUAGAGUUAUCUGCCGAUAGUGGUUCUGAUGUAUACGCCAUGCCUCAAGAUCACGGCUGUGUCACAAUCAAUUAUAGACCUUGGGUUGAGAGUGAGUGUUUCUGGCACGUGCGCUCCGACGCGGCGGUGGGCGGCGCGGCGGCGCGCGCGGCGCUCACCGUGGCGGGGCUCGGCGCCUGCGAGGCCGAAUGUAUAAGGGCUACUGGAUUCUUCUGUAGGGGGUUCAGUUUUAGGUUUGACUCGCCAACAAUAGGAGAUGAGUUGGAAAACUGCAUUUUGACAUCAUCCCCUCCCACAUCACUAGAGGCAGGUCAUGGACUCCGGCCAACCUCUGGCCAUGAGCUGUAUGCUAGAGGAAACUAUGGCAGAGGCUGUGAACCAGCUUUGUAUGAUGAUACCCAACACAAAGAUUCACAGUGCUACCUGCAGUACGACAGCGCGGCGAAGCUGACGAGCGCGGCCGUGCGCGGACAGCUCCGCGUGCGCGACGAGCGCGCGUGCGGCGCCGCCUGCACGCACGCGCCCUUCCGCUGUCUCAGCUUCUCCUACAGUAACAACGCUGGACCGGAUGUUGACAACUGCUUCUUAUCAGAGAUCCGCCUGUUCGACCUGCAGAGAGGAGUGGAUUACGUUCACUCACUCGACGACUGGUUGUUUGCCUUCGACCUUUUCAAUGGGCAAUGCUGGAGGAAGGUCCAUGGAAAGGGAGAUUACGAGGAACCGUCACACGAAUUGCCUCAUCCGAUCGCUGUAUCAGGCCCUGAUGAAACGUUCCCGUCUGGACCUUCAGGUCCUGGAUACAUACCUGAUCAUCCAGAUCAUCCUUACAUCCCAGCAUCAGGACCACCAAGCGGGCCAGAUUUUAAACCCUAUCCACCUGGUCCUGAACCACCAAACUUUAAACCUGGAUAUUCUGGUCCAAGUGGACCUGGAUAUAGACCGUACCCAGUUGAGCCCAGCGGACCUGGUCCAAAACCUUUCGAUCCUAGCAGCCCCGGAUUUAAACCAGGGUAUCCUCCUGGCUUUAAACCCUCAUACCCUCCUGAACCUAGUGGUCCUGACUUUAAACCUGGCUAUCCUCCUGGCUUUAAGCCCUCAUACUCACCUGAACCCAGUGGUCCUGAAUUUAAACCUGGGUAUCCUGCUCCAAGCCGCCCCAAUGGACCUAGUGGCCCUAGCGCACCAGUGGGACCCAUUGGUCCCAGUGGACCUAUUGGAGCCAGUGGCCCUGGUUAUGGGCCGGGAGAUUUUAAACCCGCAUAUCGACCACCACCAGCUGAUUUUGGAAACAGACCUGCUUAUAAACCAGGGUAUCCUGAAAAGCCCGGUUUUAUGGAUAGACCAACAAUCGGGUCAGGGAGACCAGGUCCUCAGAAACCCGUGUAUCAUGGAGACAGAGAAGAUAAUGAGAUCGCAGUGUCAUGGCGGCAUUACACUGUGUCUGGGUUCCCGUGUCGCGCGGGGACUUCCUGUGCCCAGAACCAGGUCGCAGGACACUGGGCCUGUGAACCAGAGGGAGGAGAAAUAGGAUCAUGGGACUACUGCUGCGCUCCAACUCAUAGAUGCGGUUAUAGCGAAGGUUUUCAUAAACCUUGGUGUUACGUCGGCCCAACGGAGGAUCAGUGGCGUCCCUGUAGUGAGAAAUAUUACCCUUAUCACCAACAUAACGUGCCUCAUCCCUCGCAAGGACAUAGAGACGAACGACCUUCUCAACCACGACCUUGGGCUGACAGACCAGGAUAUAACCAGGAGAGGCCGCAAGGUCCGUAUUUAUCUGACGCGGAUAGGAAAUACUGGGACGAGCUGUACAAAAAUGGACCUAGAGCGUAUUAUGAUAAGUACGGGAAUCCAUUGCCAGGCUACACCAGAGUACCUACGGAGGAUCGUCCCUAUAUAAAAUAUAGUCACAAUCCGCCUCGUCCAGGAAGUGGUCACUGGGUCCCGGUGUCGACAGACGACUCGGAUUACAGAUCUUCUGUGCCCGGUGGACUUGGAGCUCCCAGGUAUUGGCCAGUAGCUUAUCUCCACAAAGGUCCACCACCCAACAUGACAUACUUUAGAUACAACGAAACCACCACUACCACCGAAAAACCCACUCCCUUGUCUAGAGAACUGCCAGACUCCAUCAGUACAGAUAUCCUUACAAGCAGUGAUAAACCGAAAAAUAUCGAAAAACAUAGAGAUGAGAAGAAGCGAAAUAUAAGCGAUUUCGAUAGAGAUAUUUUUAAAACUGAUGAAAAAACUACAGUUAAGCCAAUAAUUACCGAAGUUCCAAUAGUUAAAGACAAUGAUACUAAAAGACUUAAUUUAAGUGAAAUAGCAACACCUCAAGGAUUUAAAUUUACUAAAGUAGAUACUAUAGAUGGCAUAGAUGACAAGCUAGAUGACUUUACUACGAUUGAAGUAUUAGACCUGGAAGACGCAAAAAAAGAAGACAAAAAGGCGGAUCUAAAAACAUUAGAAGCAGAAGAGAGACAGAUUGAAGAGAUAGGAAGACUUUUGGCUUCACGGCGUGGAGGAAAAUUAGUCUUAGAAAAACGAUCGCAAAAGAAUCUAGAAGCAAAAAAUAUAGCAGUAGAUGAAGAUUUAGCGGAUUUUAACUUUGGCAACCGAUUUCCAACAACUGAAAGGAGAGGUAUUAUCCAAAAAAUAAGUAAAGACGAAAUAGAAAGAGACAAGAAUACAGACAGGAGCCUGGAACUGAGUGAGACGACAUUCGUGAGACCUCCUAGAGUAUUAUCUACUACAGAUAAUAUACGAAAGGCAAUUGUUAAUGGAAAAGUAUUUUACGAUGCUACAAUAAGAGAACAGAGGGAUAUAUUUUCAAAUACCACACGAAAGGCAAAAAGUUUGAGACCACUGGAAGAAAGAGCUCCUACAGUUAUACCUCAAGCAGCUUUUGGGAAAAAGAAAGUUGUUAGAGCAAGGAACGUAAACCCUGUCAGAAGAGUACGAAGGGUUUAUCGCAAGAAGUACAACCCAGAAGAAGUUAGAAGGAGGUUGCUGGAGAGAGAAAGAAGUAAGGAGAAUAGUACAGAUUCCAGCAGGAAAUUAUAAGUUAAAUACUCGUAAGCAUUAUGGUGCUAAUAAGAUAAAUACCCACAAAAAAAGUUGUAAAGUUAUGCACAUCUAUUACAUUUAUAUUAGUUUCUAUUCUUUUACGACUAAAAUACAUUCUUAUAAUACUCUUAAUUAAAUCUCUGAUCUGAUGUAAUAAUAUUUCUUAUUGCAAUAUGCAAGGAAAGGGUUUAUUUAUACGGAAUAAAUGAGAAUGGGUUGGAGAUGAAUUAUGCGGGUAUUUGCAAUAAAAAUAUAGGCAACAAUGAUUUUAACAUGCCUUGAGCGAAUUAGUGUUUAUAUUUCCAAUUUUAUUUGAAUAAAAAGAUAUUGCAAAAAUAUAUUAAUAGAAAUAACUUACAGAUGCAAUAUUUUUAUAAUUCUAUACGCAUACGACUCGCCGCAAGACCUACUAGCUUCAAAUUUGAAGUAGUCUUCAUACAAGCUUGUAGUGACUGCAUGGAGAAGAUAACUUCUGCAAGCUUUCUGGUUAAUCUAAACCCCUCUUUAGGUUUAUUUUUUGAGUUUAUAAGUGGUCGUCACAUAAAUAUUGAACUACAAGUAUUAUGUCAAACAAGUUGACCCUUCGUUUGUAGAUGGGGAUGAGCACGCGAUAGAUUAUGCAACUAUUGCUUUCUGCACCCCACCUACUAGGUCAAGUUGUUUGACAUGUAUAUAUAUAUUUCACUUAUAAAAUUACUUAUUGCAAGGUUUGAAUUUGGUUCAUAAUAAUUAACAAGACAAUAACUUACUGUGCAAGUUUGAUUCGUAAAAAAGAGGAGUGUGUCCAACCAUUUAUUUAUGUCGCUAGAUAUAUAACUUAUAGCUACUACUAGUACUAUUUUUUUUACAAUUUAAUACUAUAACGCUUUCAAGAAUUGUCAGUUUGACUCAAACAUAUUUUGGGUUAAAAUGACGAUGCAAUUAAAUCAUAUUAAUCUAUAUAAUUUAAUAGUUAUAUAAGGGUAUACUCAUUCAUAUCCGUAGUACAAUAGUUUAUUUAGAGAUAAGUCAUAAUUAAUCUAAGAUCGAAAUAUAUGUGAUUGUGUUAUAACCAAAAUAAAAGUUACCGAAUUUUUCAGAUUUAUUAUAAGAAACGAUUUUGUAUCGUAAUUUUUAUAUAAUAAAACGCAUUUUAGAAA